GACAUUCAUGGGGUUAUUUUCCACAACAACACGCUCGUUGUGUUCAAUCAAGGGACAAAUGAGAAUGAAAUUGACUUCGUCACUCUCCAAGCAUAUGACCUUGAAAAGACUGCCUGGAGGGAGAUUGCAACUCAGGGUGAUGUGGAAUGCGGUGGGACAUUCCCUCCUCUGAGAUGGAGCCCCUCCAUUUGCCAUGUUGGACAAUUUGUUUACAUCUGUGGGGGCUUGGAACCGGGAAGUCCAAGCGACGAAACUAGGUCCUCUGAUCUGUGGCAACUCGACCUGCUCACAUUCCGCUGGAAGAAGAUUCCCACAAGCCUUCCUCACUCCCCGUCUAGCCAUUCCGUCGACGUUACUCCCGAAGGGAAGAUGUACUUGUUCGGUGGGGCAAUAUGCUCAAUGUCCCAUAAUAAGACUGUGAAUUCCUUGUAUUCGAUCUGGUUGAAGAUCCCAUGCUUGAAGGAGAUGUGCUGGGAGGCUGUUCUUCAUUAUGCACCUUGGCUGGACGAAGUGCCUUUGAAGACGCUCAUUAAGGCUGGGAUCCCUCGAGAUCUUGCAAAUCAUAUCAUUCUCAUGACUCAGUGUCGUCCUAAUAGGGCGAACAAGGGCGAACUGAAGGAUGAAUGGUGCCGCAUGUUUCUCGCUUCAGUAGAACUCCACCCCUGCCCGUUUCUGAUUGGAAGGGAAGAUGUACUUCUUCGGUUGGGCAAUGUGUUCAACGUCCCAUUACAGGUCUACGAAUUCCAUGUAUUCGAUCUGGUUGAAGAUCCCAUGCCUGAAGGAGAUGUGCUGGGAGGCUUUUCUUCAUUAUGCACCUUGGCUGGACGAAGUGCCUUUGAAGACGCUCAUUAA